CUUGGCACGUGCGUCACGUUUGACAGCUGUUCUAUCACUCUAAUGUUUAUUUUGUUGUUUUAAAUUUUCUUUAAAUUAAAAUUUAGGAACAAAAUGGGUAAACUUAAUGUAAGUUUGAUGAGAUACCUCACCCCCGAGGAUUUUAGAGUCCUUACAGCGAUAGAAAUGGGUAUGAAAAAUCACGAACUAGUCCCAGGCCCUAUGGCAGCCUCCAUAGCCAAUUUACAACACGGUGGGGUGCAUAAGCUUUUACGAGAACUUUGCAAACAUAAAUUGUUGAGCUACGAAAGAGGAAAAAGAUACGACGGUUAUCGCCUCACUAAUUCUGGCUAUGAUUAUUUAGCUCUGCAUUCUUUGACUAAGCGUAAUGUCGUAGCAUCGUUUGGGAAUCAAAUUGGUGUUGGAAAGGAGAGUAAUAUCUAUAUUAUAGCGGACCCAGAAGGACAAGAAAUAUGUCUUAAGUUGCACAGGCUUGGACGUGUUUGUUUUAGAAAGGUUGCUGAGAAGAGGGAUUAUCAUAAACAUAGGAAAUCAGCUUCAUGGUUAUACCUAUCCCGAAUAUCAGCCACAAAAGAAUACGCCUAUAUGAAAGCACUUUAUGACAGAAAAUUCCCAGUUCCAAAACCAAUUGAUUUCAACAGGCAUUGUGUUGUAAUGGAACUAGUGCAAGGAACUCUUCUUAAUCAUGUAAUGGAAGUGAGCGAUGUAGAAGCACUCUAUGAUGACUUGAUGAAUCUUAUUGUAAGAUUUGCUGAUUCCGGAGUGAUUCAUGGCGACUUUAAUGAAUUUAAUAUUAUCUUAACUCCAGAAGACAAACCAAUAAUUAUUGAUUUCCCACAAAUGAUGUCCACACAACAUGCAAAUGCUGAAAUGUUUUUCGAGAGAGAUGUUAAUUGUGUUAAGGAAUUUUUCAAGAAAAGAUUCAAUUUUGAAAGUGAAACUUUUCCUAAAUUCUCUGAUAUUGAAAGGAUGGAUACAUUAGAUGCAGAAGUUUUAUGUACAGGCUUUACCAAACAGAUGGCUAAAGAUAUAAAUUUGGAACUUGGACUUGAAAGUGAUGAAGAAGAAUCGGAUUCUGAAAAAGAAGAAGAGUUUCAUGAUUCUGUGGACAAAAUUGAAGAAAUAUCUGAGAUUCAAGAACCAUCUAAUUCCUAUUCCACAAUUGAAACUAUUAUGCACCAAAUGAAAAAUACCAAAAAUUUGCCAGAUUCAGAUGAAGUAAAAUCUCAAAAUUCAGACAAUUUCAGUUCACUUGAAGAUCUUGAAGACUUUGAAUCAAGAAGUGUGAGAUCCACAGCCACUACAAUCCAUCCUGACGAAAUUAAAAGAAGAAUGAAAAAACAGUUGGAGGCAAAAGAUAAGAGGAAUCAAAGAAAAAGGUGCGUUGCAAAGGGCGAAGCUAAUGCUGUUACCAGAGUGAGGAGGGAAAAUAGGGACACUGUGAAGCAGAGUAAAGGUAUUUGGGGUUAUGAAUAAGACAUUGUUGUUCUAAUUUUUCCAUAAAUAAAAAUUUAUUUAGUUUUGAA